AUGACGUGGCUAGUGAGGCACGGUGUGGAGAUCGGAUAUGCAUCUAAGACGGCCGAGCCACGUUGGGCUAUGGAAGUCCUCGACUUGAUUCAUCCUAUAGCUGACCAGCCCGGCUGUUCUCUGAAGAAGGUCUCUGCAGGGGAGGGUUGGGGUUGGCAGAAUAAACAAGAACAUAUGAGGAAGAUCAGAGCCACUACUGGGAUGAACUAUGACGAAUGUGUUUUCUUUGACAAUAUGUACAGCAACUGUGAGGAUGUAUCCAAACUGGGUACGACUUCCGGCUACUGUCCGAGAGGAAUGACCAACGAGAUCUUCAUAAGGACCAUGAUCGAGUUCUCGGACAAGAUGGCUGGCAGCAGUAGUUCGUUUUCUUCAGAGGAGGAUAGCAAUACUUCCAGUUUCCUCGAUUAG